AUGUUGAUACUUACCAAGGUAACCUGGCUGGACAUGUGCCUUGCUGGUGUCGGGGUGUAUCUAGUAAAGCAGGCAUUCACCAAGAAGAAUCCUGCACCAUAUCCACCUGGUCCCCCGGGGUGGCCUCUCGUUGGGAACAUUUCAGACACACCUCACAUCAAGCACUGGCUCACUUUCGCUGAGUGGGGCAAGAAGUAUGGUGAUAUCUCGCACAUCGAAGUUUUGGGUCAGCACAUCAUUGUGCUGAAUUCUGUCAGGGUUGCGAUGGAAAUGUUGGAUGGGAAGAGUUCUGUUUACUCUGACCGCCCUGUUCUACCUAUGUGUGGCGAACUGUGUGGCUGGAAGCACGCUAUGGGUCUUCUCCCUUACGGUGACCGUUUACGCGAAUACCGCAAGAACUUCCAUCGCGUCAUCGGCAGCCGCGCUGCAUUGAAUACCUACCACCCGAUCGAAGAGAUCGAGACCCACCGAUUCCUGAAGCGUGUGCUUGCGAGUCCCGACCAACUACAGGCACACGUUCGACACGCCGCUGGUGUUAUCAUUCUGCGGAUAUCGUAUGGAUAUGACGUGAAAGAGAACAACGACCCUUUCGUCGACCUUGCAGAUCGCGCUAUGGACCAAUUCUCGCGGGCCAUUGCUCCCGGUGCCUUCAUGGUUGAUGUCAUCCCGUCCUUAACCAAGGUCCCGGAGUGGUUCCCCGGUGCUGGAUUCAAGCGCAUAGCCCGUGAAUCGUUUGAGACCCUCGAAGAGUUGGUUUCUGCACCAUACAAGUUUGUGAAGGAUCAGAUAGUAGCUAAUAUUCGCCGCUGGCAUCGCCCCCAAGUCUUUCGCCUCGAUCUUUUGGAGAGUCGUGCUUUGUCUGCGGAAGAAGAACACGUCGUGAAAUGGUCUGCUGUAUCUAUGUACUCUGGUGGUGCCGACACGACUGUUUCAACAAUAUAUUCGCUUUUCCUAGCUAUGACUCUUUUCCCUGAUGUGCAGAAGAAGGCUCAGGCUGAAAUAGAUGCCGUCGUUGGCCAUGAUCGUCUUCCCUCAUUCGCUGACCGCGACUCCCUCCCCUAUACUGAGGCGCUUGUGAAAGAACUCCUACGCUGGAAUAUUGUCGGCCCUACCGGCAUUCCACAUCGUGUCACUGAGGACGACAUCCAUAACGGGUACUACAUUCCAAAAGGCUCCAUGAUACUAGCUAAUAUUUGGUCCGUACAUUCGCAUUUCGGUACUCGAUAUCCAACAGAAUUUGAUGACAGGUUCAUGCUCAAUGACCCACGGACUUAUGCUAACCCCUCGCAAUUCAACCCUGAACGCUUCUUAGCGCAGGAUGGAGAGGGGCUUGAGACUGACCCUCGCACGAUCUGCUUUGGCUUUGGUAGACGUAUCUGCCCAGGUCUCCACCUCGCUGAUGCGUCCGUCUGGAUAUCCACCGCGAUGUCACUCGCUGUGUUUGAUAUUUCCAAGGUCGUCGAGAAUGGUGUUGAGAUCACCCCUGAAAUUGACCCCUCAUCAGGUGCAAUCAGGCAUGUUGCGUAUCUCAUUGGGCCUGGUGUGCUUGUCUUGACAUACACAUUCCAGCCAUCCCAAGCCCUUCAAGUGCUCUAUCAAGGCUCGCUCUGCAAAAGCCCUUGA